UGCAGCCUGAUAGAUUUUCUUCUGCUGCCUGCAGCAAGUCGAGACUCGAGGCUGGCUUGCGCAAGACCUAUUAUUAUAAUUAUUUAUAAUUACCUGAGUGAAAAUUCGGUUAGAUCGCUCCUGUCAUUUCAUAUAAUCGAAGCAAAAAAUAAUCGUGUUAAAUGACUGAAUAACGUCCUAUAGCUCAUCGUUAUGGCAGCAACCAGCUCUCAAAAAUCCUGUGAUGCGAUUAUACCAAAUCUCCCCUUCCGGAAGACUGAUCCGUCUGGAUUCUUCCGGGAGCUACAGAAUCUGCGAGCCGACGAAGCCUUCUGUGAUGUAGUGGUGAAAGGCUGCGAGGCCGGUGCGCCGGGGAUUUCGUGUCACCGUGUGAUUCUCAGCGCCCACAGCAGUUACUUCCGGGCAGCAUUCGCGUCUCCUUCACAAGCGAAAGAAUCCCAGAACACAUGUCUGCAGCUUCACGACAUCUCUUCCAACAACCUUACUCAACUAAUCAACUAUGCAUACACAUCAGAGAUCGCUCUGGAUUGGAGCAACAUACCCAGCCUGCUGCCCGAUGCGGUGCACCUGGAGAUGGACAGUAUAGUAGACGCGUGUUGGGAGUUUCUGGAGAGCAAUCUGAACGUGGACACGUGUUUGAAGACGUGGGGAAUCGCCGACAACAGUCUCCACCGACGCCCCCGCCUGGCCGAACAGGCCAAAGCCGUGGCGGUUGCCUACUUCGCCCAUGUGGUCAAACAACCCGACUUCCUGCAGCUGGACUUGGAUAAGGUACAGGAGCUGAUUGGAGCGGAUGAUCUUUACGUGGAACAGGAGGCCACCGUCCUGGAGGCGGUGGUGGAUUGGUUGUGUUAUGAUUCUGCGUCGCGAGCCGAACAUUUUUCCCAAAUGCUGCAGUACGUACGACUGCUUGAGGUCAGCGCGGAGAAACGGUUGGACAUGGCUGCGCGACUGUUGUCCGUGAACGCCAAUGCCGCGGCUACGGUUGUCGAGCGAGGAUUGGACGAGGAUGAUUACGAGAUCGAAUACCGGCCCAGGAAAUCAGACACUUACAGGAACGUCAUCCUCUGCUUGGGCGGCGUCUUCCCAACGCAUCUACAAUUUGUCGCCCCUACGGCAUCCCUCGCGUGGGAUUGGUGUCGUCCUCCGGAGCCCAUCUCGCACAUUGUCAUCGGGACAGCGGCCUGUGUAAACGAGGACGAAAUGUUUCUCGUCGGGGGCUACGGCAGCAGCUCCGCCUGUCUGCGCUACGACCUGCUCUGUGACGAGUGGCAGAGUGUUGCACCGAUGCCGGCUCUCAACAUCCCGAAAUUAGCCGGUUGGUUGGAGGGACGCCUAUACGGCGUGGACUGUUCCGGGGAGCGCGGCACGGUCUACGGCUACGAUCCGUCCACGGAGGCCUGGCACUGUGUGACGCGCGUGUCGAAGCCGGGGUUGAGGCAUGAAGUCGCGCUGAUUGUCGGCGGCCGGCUGUAUAUCUUUGCUCAACGCGACGGUGGCAACGGUGCCGAGAUUGAUAAUGUCGUCCUGGUAUACGAGUUUAAGAAGAAUACGUGGACGGAGCUGCCACCCAUGCCUACGCCGCGGCAAUGGUUCGCUGUGUGCGCCACUCCUCAAGGCCUGAUCUACGUCGUCGGAGGUCACAGGAAAAACAAUGACCGGCUGAGUUGCGUGGAAGCUUACAACCCAGCAACGAAUCAGUGGACCAAUAAAUGUGAUAUGCAAAAACCGCGCGUGGGAGCGGGAAUCUGUGCGCUGAACGGCAAGCUGUUCGUCCUGGGUGGGCAUAAUUCCCGAUCCACCGAGUAUCUGCGCGAUAUCGAGGUCUACGAUGAGGUGGCCAAUAGCUGGACAUUCCAUAACAGCCAGUUGAAGACAGGAAAGGAAGUAAUGAGCUGCGUCGUCUUCACUGUACACAGGGAACUGCUACCGGUGCUCAGCCGACGUAGUUACACGGCGCAGGCUGUGCUAGUGGAUAAAGAAGCCCUGUAGUCAGUGCCGACGAAUUGCUGUUCUAAAUACUGGCUCUAGUAUGGUUGCAUAACGAACUGGAGAAUAGCUGUAGGGCAGAUGUUGCUACUCACUUACUUUGGGGUAGUGUGUGAAUGUACGGUAUUUUUAGUAUUGUUAGGUGUUAAGUAACUGGUCGGCGUUAAUUUGGCACACCCCAUAGUAUUCAGUAGUCAGUGUCCGGCUUAUAAAUAUUCUUAGUGAUCGGGUUAUAGGCAAAAUGUAGACGAAACUGUUUUCGUGCAAAAUAAAUUGAUGAAAUUCGUUGUGGUUGUAAAUUCAGUUUUUUUUGCGCAACCUUUUUGGGCUUUAACGUGCACAGAACUCACUAUUGACAUACCGCUCACUCACUAAUCCCACUAGUCACAUCACUUCCUGUUUACAGUCCCAUCACAUCCCACCUCCUAAACCUUGGUGGGAUGACAACCCUAUGUUAUGCAGCCUCAGCUGAUACGCAGCUGCAGCACGCUGCUCUUUAG